AUGAAGCAGGAGUCGCCCCCGUCGCUGGAUCGGGUUUCGACUGUUUCGUCCACCACCAGCCUAAUGCGAGAGACCUGCUGCAACAGGUUUGGAGCAUUGUUCUCUACGAUGGCAAUUCUGUCUGACGAUGGCGAGGACGAAAAUAAGAUGAAGGAAGAGACGCCCAGCGCAGUGCGCCGUCUCACAACAAAAACAAGCCCCCAACUGACCAUAGAGAAACAGCAGACCAAGGCGAGCAAGAAAAAGCAGAUGCUGAAUAAAAGAAGACUCGCAACUUCUCGUAGAUCGCUCCCGUCUAGUACUACUUUACCGGCUCCUUCAGAAGCAGCGUUAUCUUCUCUGCAAUCGGCAUGCCAUGACGAUGCCCCGUCUUCAUCUUCAAAGAACGCCAUCGGACUAGUAGACGAGCAGACGGACUACGCCGAGUCUUCGUCUUUUGCACCUCCAGCGCCUCCAUGUAGCUCCUCGGGUGAAUCUACAUGCUUUCGUGAGAAGGAAGCCAGUCGCUGCGAAACGGUAGUAGUCUCAGUAGCUCGCAGGUGGAUCGUCAACGCUGGCGCCACAGUUACCGCUCACUCCUCUUACAACACGAACCUUCGCAAGUGGAUCCUCGGCGCUGGCGCUACAGUGGCUCGCAACUCCUUCUACAGCACUCGCAAGGGAAUCGUUAACGCUGGCGCUACUGGCGCGCGCUCCAUCUGUUGCCAUUCAUGCAGAACCAGAAGAAAGCAACUUCCUAAAAAGCGACUGCCGCCACUCAGACUACUGCAGCAGGAAGAGCACGAGACCAAACCGAAGGUGGCUGCGCUGCGAGGCGCUCGCGGCCUCUUGCGUCAUUUGCUUCUACUCCUACUACCGGUUCUGGCGGUCGUCGCAUACCAGCGGAUGGAAAGGCUAACGGGAACCAGAAAGGAAACGAUGAUGGAAAACGCGCGCCUCUUGUUCCGCGAUGUGCAAAGCCAACCGGGGAUGUGGUUUGAGCAAAACUUUUUCCGGUUGGAAAUACCACAAGAAGCGCUGUCGAAGUGGCUCAGUGAUGUCACCGCAUGGAAGAACAACCGCGCGGAUCAGAAGCUGCAGGAGAAAGUGCAAAAGUCAGCCCAGGAGGCACGUGUAGGAUGCGUAAACAACCCGAAAGAGAUUCCCAGCACCACUGGAGGAAGGGUAUACAUAGAUAGGUGAUAGAGUGACCUGAUCCAAAUGCACACUAUGUAUAUGGUAUGUAUCAAAGCAAAGAGAAGACUCUUACUCAAAGAGUUAAGUCCUAUUAGUUUGCAUCACUGAAGCUGACUGAUAAGUGCUUGCGCUUUGAGGGGCGGCUAGCUACAUAGGGGCGUCGAUAUAUUUAGAUUGACACUACUAGCAGCACUACGCUACCGGGUAGCUCAAACGUUCUCGGCGGCGAGCAUCAGAUGUGAGAUUGAGAUGGACUGUGACUGCGGUUUUUUAAUUCAGCGCGCCCUGUAAGUAAAAGCUUGCGCGUGGCGUGCAUCAGUGUCAGUCGAGAGGGGGGGCCUUGAAUGCUGAGCAGGUCCGAGACUGGCGCGGUCUCUGUAUUCAUGUGGUCGAUCGUUUUGUAGUUAAAAUUGGAGAGACCUUAGCCUUAUACCUUCUCGCCGAAAUUGAAGAGGCUCCGUCUAUGUAUAAUAUAUUAUAGAAUAGUGUGUGUUUCAUCUUCCUCCCAUGGCAGGCUACUUUGAAAGUUUCCCCUUGUAGUUUGCAUUGUGGUUCGAGUUUUGGCUGGCUUUUGUCCUUUGUACAGGGUAGAUGCUUAGGCCCAGCGACGCUUAAAGCACUUGCAGAAAAGUAGCCGGCUAGUGCUCAAUAGCUGGCUAGUUUUUCCUCGGCUUUAUUUCCUUACUGCCAGUAUAUCCCUACGCACCACUUGCAGCGGCGCAGUGAUUGGCCCUACUUUCAAAAGUGGGAAGGUCAAAGUAACAACGUAGCUUCAAACCUGGUCUAUCGUCUAAGCCUUUGCCCCGUUUGUACUCUGGGAUAGGCCCUUUAUUCUAUUGUGGUUCUUUCCGGGGUGAGGGGGCAUGCUCGGUUGUGUAGGGUGCUGGCUAUGGGAACUGUUACCGUCACUGCGGAGGUUCUAACUCACUGCGAGAACCCGCCCUAGCAUUCCAGUACGCACUCCAGUAAUCCGCGACUGGGGCCUAGAUGUCGGGGCGUCAUGGGGUGAAGCGCAGGGCCGGGAGUAUUCUUGUUUUUUUACUUAUUCACCCCUCUUAAUGCUCUGCGCUUUUUUCUCUUCGCCCUCUUGCGUGUGGCAAGACCUGGCGGCUUAUCGUAAAGCAAUGAGCAGCAUGAGGGGCGAGGGCCGUCGCAGUGGCUGAGCUCGUGGGCAGCAUGGUAAAUUGGGUAUCUCUAUCCGCUACAACAGUCUACCUUAAUGCCAAAUGCCAUGACUUAGAGCUCCUGCACAUAUAGACUGUAGCUGAUCCGUGGACAACUUGGGAGCAUCGUUUUCGAUAUCAAUCGAGCGCGCCUUUGUAGAUAGUCAGCGCUCGCCCUCCUCCGAUCUUUGCUGACCACAUCCCAGGUUGCGUUGCAAUUUUUUGUCUUAAAAAGUCGCAUAGUUGAAACCCUAGAGGAAAAUGCCGCCCAUUGUUUGAGGCUCACAGCACAAAGCCUAUGAUCAGUCUAGUUUAUUAAUUCUAUUCGCCCAAAGAAAAAGAAUAGAGCUAGAAAGGCGGACACGCUUCAGGAUUAGGAGCGCACAUCACUCGAAUCACCCAACCACCCCAACCACAUUCAGACUCAAGGCGGCGCCGGUUUAAAACUCAAGAAGGAGAUUACGGCGAUGAAAUUGUCGGGUCUGGAUACAGGGAAGAAGUGGAUGGAUGCUAACGUGUUGGGGGUUGGCAGCUUUGGAGUGGUUGCGAAAACUCCAGGAAAAAUGGCCAUCAAGUACGUGCGGUAUUUAUGGGUAAUAAAGUAUAACAGCAUCGGCGCCUCGGUAUCCUGUCCCCGUGUGGUUAUCGUUGGCUCAAUGGGGCUACUGAGCGUCCUUAGUGCAAGUGUGUAAAGUGUGGCGAGUUUUGUGACAAGUGCGUAGGCUUUUUCACUCUGUGCUACAGCUUUUACUUCUAACCGAAGAUCAAAGCGAAGGGCGCCCGGAAGAAGGGGCUGACCACAUCGAGCGCGAAAGGCAGGUGCACAUGUUUGAGGCUUGUACUGCGCUUCUGGUUUCAAAAUACCCGCCGAUGGCGGCACAAACGCUGGAGGCAUAUGUGAGGAAGCAAUUCUUUUUAAAUAGCGACAACGCGGCGCAGCCCGCUCUUUAUGCUUAUGGCCUGGACUCUAGACAGCUAGACCUCCUGCUUCCGCUUCGUGUCUUGUCUCAUUUUCGCCGUUUUAUUUUGAUUCGCCUGCAAGUACCAAGGAGAGACUACUUGCUUUCGAGGUAGCUGCAAUCGUGACUCCGAGAGAGUUUAGAAGGCAUGGAUGCUUUCCAAUUGACAGAGGUGGAGAUCUCAGGCCGUGCAGAAACCGAGUUGGAAAGGUCUCGAUCCCAACACAAACAGCACAGAAACCUCCGCAAAGACAGGUGGGGUGGCUCGAGCGAUCCAUCGAGGUCGCACCCAUUUGGAAUUCUUACUGUUUUCCCUUCUUACUUUUACUUACUUCUUGCGCAAAAAUGUUACUUGUUCGUUGCGGUUAAGACGUUCCGAACAUUGUUCAAAAUUCGCAUUUUUGGAUUCCCUUGCAUCUCAACGCAGGACUUUGGUGCCUCCUCUUGCCUUUUCAUAGGCUGGAAGCGCUUGCUUUUUGUGUAGCCUUGUCCUGGUUAUAAACGUACUAAAAAUAGUUAUACUUAUAGCUUUUUUCUUUGUAAACUUCUCACUUUGUGUUGUCUCUCGUUCUUGUUGCCGUGCUUGCCGUAGACCCCUCGAAAGUUGUUCUUGUCUGGUCGUGUUUAGUGCUUUCAAAAUGUUGCUGAUGUGCUUACUUUUUUCACGCAAGUAAACACAGAGGUAAAAGUCAAGCACUAGUAGUAGCGCAAACUCACUCGAGACGCGUUUCGUGUUUAGACAAAGCAAAAACGAUUAGACAAGCUACUUUAGGUCUAGUUCAAGGCAACACGAACAAGCUGCGAAGUAGACGGCUGCAAAGGCGCCAGUUGCAAGCUAGUUGCAAGCUAGUGCUUAGCUUAUGCGAAACAGCGCGAAGAUACUCACUUAGUUCAAGUUAACACCAGGGAGACAGGGCUGAGUGACAUUGACCACAAGCAAGAUACUCAAAAGCAAACAGCAAAGACGUGCAAGGACGUUGCACGUAGGUGGCACUGAGAACAAUGAUGGGCAAUCUAUGUUAACUCUCAAGGAAAGAGACCAAAAAUACGAACUACGGGGGUAGUUAUCCCCUUGAAUAGUCGGGGUUAUUGCUUGCUCUAAGUCUGUACACAAAAACACGCACACAAGUGGAGAAGUUGGAAAGCUGUUGAGUAUGUUGCUCUGUGUUUAAAUAAGUCAAAAACGCGGGGACAAUCUCUGUGGGUUCAAGUUAACACAAACGAAACAGCGGCACGGAAAUGCAAGCAGGUGCCUUUUUACUUUCUUCUUGUUUAAUAGAAUGAGCUCUGGGCUUUUCUUUAUAUAGUACUAGAGGGCUGCUGAAGAUAGUUGUGGCUUGAAAAAGUAGACUCUUGCUUCUGCUGGUGUCUAGGGUUGUCGCUGUUAGUUUUUUUGGUGGUUCCUAGGGGUGAGAUUGCAAAUCUGGCAUCUUUUGCCAACUGCGCCCAAUAUUCCAACAAAAUCUGACGAAGUAGAUCGCUGAAUGGCGGCGAAGUUUUAAGUGAAGAAGGAGCUGAACGGUUACGAAGCUACACACGAGAGAGACAAGCUGAGGCGAAUCGCUAGUAGUUAGUGUCCACUAAACACAAACACCCCCGAGCAGGCGACGGGCCUACUACAUAUUGGCGAGCCUCGGGCACUCGCCUGCGAGGGGGUGCCUUCUAGUCUUCACCAAGUGCUUACUUCCUUCGCAUGUCAAUCCUCCACCUCGACACUAGGUAGCAGGUCGGCAAAGGAACCCCGAGAGGGGAUUGGCGAUUCCUGCUUCUGCGCCGCUAAAACCUUCUCCGCAAAGAAACUGGCGCGCGGCUGUCUUGCUCACUGUGACAGAGUUGAGGGUCGGAUACACUGCCAAAGGCCACGCCAGUGGUAGUAGUGAAAAUCCGAGGACCCCUCUCCGGCAGACCAUUGCCAAAGGCCCAACCCAAACACCAACUAGCCACUGCGAUAGCUGCAGCGUCAGCAGGAUUUUGCUAAAUGCCGUAGCGAUAUCAUUAGAGCAAUGAAAAAGAGGGCGAAUAUCGCGCAAAUAAUCGAGAAGGGUUGCUGCUAAUCGUCGCGACGGGUAUGACCAUCUUGCUCACUGCUUGCAGGUUCGGCCAAUCUCGUGUGAGAAAAGUGCCAGCCUGAGCAGUUCGCCCUCCCUGCGCACACCGAACAGAUAGAGAAGAGAACGCCGCGCAAGAAAUAGCCGUAGAACUCCUGCACGGACUCCAGUCCACUCCGCUUUUUUCCGCCAACAUGCGCUGGAAGAUGAACUCCAACAAAGGAGCCAGCUGCUAACCGUUGCAGCUUUCGAAGCUAAAGGUCGAGACACUCCAUCCCCAAGAUCAGUUCCGUCGGCUCAUUAGGAUGGCCAUCGGCUUGAAACGCCGAAGCCUUCCCUGAGGCGCCACUUGCUAAAAGCGCAAAGCAAGUGCUCUCGUGGAUGCUUCUGCCUUCAGCCAGGUCGGCGGCCCCGAGCUCGGCCAUCAGAGGGCCCUCGAGAAGUGCGGCGUCACUUGUGUACUCACAGAACGUCUGCGCGACCUCAAAACACCAGCGCAAAGACCAGCGGCCAGGGCUGCGUCGGCGGUCCCGCCACUUCUUGUUUUCCUGCAGCGCCUGCUGUAGUUGAGUGCGUUCCUCCUGCGUCAGUGCUUGGCUGUUUGGUGUGUAGUCUUCUGCUUUGGGCGUGUAACCAGCGCGCGCGAGAGGUUGUUCUUGCCGCAUGCUCUUCGCAACCCUUGCCGCGGCGUCCUGGUCCUUCUGCGCGCUUGCUGUCGUGGUUGCGAGUAUUCGAGGUUCGACAUGUCUCAGCGACGCCUCGAGCCCAAGCAGGUAGGGUUCAACUUUGCGGUCUGACAGCGCCGCGACUUUGUCUGUGUUCUCAUCAAGCCACCCCUGAAGGAGCGCGGCGCCAUCGUCCCUGCUGUGAUCACUAGCAGCUGCCUGGAGGUCGUCAGUUGUUGCGCCCGCGUGCAAGAUCGCCUGCAAGUUCGCCACCUGUGCAUCAUGUUGGCCAUAAUCUGGAACAGGGGUUGCCACGAUACCGGCCACGGCCUUUUCUUCCUCGUCCAAUAGAAGCCGUCUCGCGCCUUGCUUCGCGACCGAGACAGGCGUGACUUUGAACUCAUGCGCAACACGAACAAGGAUCGGCGCCGGGAUCUCCUGGCCAACACGGAAGAGCCAGAACCGGGCCCGGAAGUCCGCUGCUAGGCUGAUGAAAUGUCGCUGCCCCAAUCGGUAGCCAGGAAGUGGGAGCUCGAUCACCAAUCUCGCGCCCGGUGCCAAGUGAAGCGUGGGCGUGUCUACCGCGGAGAAGGUCCAAGAAGGUCUGGCUGGUUCUGCCUGUAAAAACUUGCUGAUCGCAGUGUCUUGCUUUUGCCCAUCAUCAAGCUCGGCCGUCCAGUGAUGGUAGGGGUCGAGCGACAUGGUGCACUUGUGGCGCGCCAUGUCGCCAAGUCGUAGCUCCUGAUAGUCAGUCGGAUGCUGUCCACCGCGUCAGCCAUAGAAGGCAUCGCAUAGAAGACAGUCGGACGCGUCCGAUAAAGGUGCCUGCUGUGUGCGUCUAACAAACUAAGCCUCUUACAUUACUUGCGCCAGCACUACCAGGGGACUCUCAUCGCAAGACGAGCCUGCGAAUCCGCUUACAGUGUGCGGCUCCUGUGACGCGUCAAGCGAAACUGUCGGCCACCCCAAGCGCAGCAAGAAGAGCGCGAGGCUAACACUGCAGGCAGAGCGGCAAACUCGGCCAGCACCUGGAAAAAGCGGCGCCUCCCUCGUCUCGUCUUGGUCUGGGGACAGUCCGCAAAGGCAUCCAUGGUCGAGCAGUUGAUUCGUCUCGAAGUUCUUGCCCUUGCGCGGCUCCUCGCCCCUGCUAGGGGAGUAGCGAAUAGGCGGCUGCAUAAUCUCACAGCUUGAGGCUGAGAGGUCAUACGCAAACCAGGGCACCUUGUCACCGUCAGCGCCCGCAGCUCUGUCUCGCUAUGCACCAGCGUAGGCGUCUUGUGCUGCGCUUCGAAGGAGGUCUUUCUCCAAGAUCUUGGGCGUGUAUGCUGACUGAGCCGGGGGCCUCCAAUGACGCCGCCUGGAGGAUUGCGGAUUAGUGCAGCGUGCACACCCUUGAGCGUCGGUCGGCUCGCUGCAGUCUGUGGGGCACACGCUAAGGCCCUCGGGGUCUCUCGUGACCCCUCUGGAAGCCUUCCACCCCCGGCAGACGGCUCCCAAAGUAGGGGGCUUGUCUUGCGUUAGGGCGGGGAGAUACCGUAGCCCCGAGCCUUGAAGUAUAUACAGCCUGGCCGCGUCGGCUGGCAAGAGCUGCGACGGGCCCGCCCUGAUGGGUCAAGAAAAAAGCGCAGAGGCGUGCUGACAGGGUCUCUCGAAGUGCAGCUGGUGGGAGUAGGGCGUCUUGCUUCGUCGGGCGCCUUUGGGUGGCCGGGUGUCUUUCGUCUUCAACGAAGUGCGAUCGUCGCCCAGGGUGCGUCUUUGUUUCGUCGGGCUGGCGUCUGACUUUCGUCGGGCGGGCGUCUUUGUUUUGCCGGACUGAGUUCUUUCGUCAGGCUGGCGCCAUCUUUCGGGCUGAUGUCUUUUGUCACAGGGGUGCCUUUCGUCAGACUGACAGCCUUAAAUGCCUACCGUCGGGCGUAUGUCUUGCUCUUGACGUCUAUCCUCAGACUGAUGUCUUUCGCCAGACGUUCUCUGUCGGACGUCUUCCGCCGGACGUCUUCUUUGCGUCAGGUCGGUGCCUUUCGUUCGCCGUCUUUGUUUCGUCAGGUGUUUGCCUUACUCUUGCUCCCCUUCGGCUGUCAGACGUCGGCCAGCCUGGCGCCAGACGUCUCGCUCUCGUCUUUCAGGUGUCUCUUUUCAGAUGUCUUUCGUCGGGUGUAUUUGCUUCGCCAGAUCAUGUCGGCGCGCUUCGUCGGCUGUUUUUCGUCAGGUGUGUUUCGUCUUUUUCGUGUUCGUCGUGCGUCUCUCCCCAGAGGACGUGGCGUGCCAGGUUGGCUUCGACGUAUUUCGCCUGACGUCUUUCGCCUGAGGACGUCUUGUUGCGUCAGACGUCUUCCGCCUAGCGUCGGUGGUCAGGUCUUCCGUCAGAUGUCAGUCUUUGCUUCGCCAGGCAUCUUUCGGGAAGCGUCUCCUCUCUCCUGUGGGAAGUCUUUCUUUUCGACAAAUGUCCUUUGCCGGGCGUCUUGCGUGAGAUGUCUCUUGCGGAAUGUCUCGCGCCAGAUGUCUUUCUCUUGGUGUCGGUCUUUCGCUGGGUGGCUUUCGUGUCGUCGGGCAGAGGUCUUUCGUCGGUCUUCUCUCGUCAGGCUUCUACUCCGGGCGUGCAUCCUUAGCCCCGGCGGCUAUUUUUCUGGCUGCAGCUUUUUUGGGAGUAUGCCUGGGGGCCUUCUCGUAAGUUCCCGCAGGGUUAGCGGUCGGAGAUUGUCGGAGCUGCAGGGGAAGGGGCUGGAGACUAGGGGCAAGGCCAUCGAGGAAGACGCGGACUGAUCUCCGGCGGGGUGGGCGGGGAGUUUUGUGGCGGUGCUCGGUGGGGUGGUUCGUAUAGACUGGCAAUGAAUAGCGUAGGCCAAUGGCGUAGGCCAAUGCCGUAGCGUGGUAAGAUACUUUGCGCAAUGUUUUAGGGCUAUCAGCGAUGCUAGCUAUCGUCUAUCGAAUUCGAACCGGGGAGGUCGACGCUGCCAGAGGAUGAAUGCCAUGGGCGUUGGCCUUGAUGCGUCUGCUGUUAUGCUUUUUCCUCUUUUGCUUCCACCUCGUAAUCAACAGCUAGGCACGCGCAGCCCGAAGUAAAAGCUUUGCCUCUAAUACGUCACCGAUUUGCUCAUGUUGCAGGAGCUGUACGAUGCUGGCGACCUGGGUGAGAUUGAGAAGCGGCGACGCGGACGCCAGAUUUGGUGGCAUGAGGUCGGGCGUGGCCCUCUAGCUCUCCUUGAGCUUCUUUGUGGUUUCAUAGAAAGCGUCGACCUCUUCCACAAGACUACAGGCACGGCGCACCAGGAUCUCAGGCCGAGUAAUGUUCUCCUGCGCAACAAUCAAGCAGGCACUCUUACUAAGGUGAAGUAAGCUUUUGGCGUUUGUACUGCCGAUAGUUUUGCCUCUUUUAAUGGAGGGAGGCUUAUCUAGCGGGACAAACUAACACCAAAGGCCUAAGGACCUCUAAUCUUACUCCAGUGCUGGCCGAUUUUGGUGAGUCUUUGCCUGUAAUAGGUACUAGAUAUCAAAAGUUCUGUACUGCGCAACCUUACGCGGAUCCGUUCUACUGUUCUUUUCCGCAAAAUGAGGAUCAGCAGGCAACCUCUCUCCCGGAACGGUAUGCAAUGUAUUGGGGAGUAAGCAUCGACUCGGACGCUUGGUCAGUCGGGGCAGUUAUUCUACACGCGAUGGGGGUAGCUGUUCACCAGAUGGGCGUCGCCGUGCUCAAAAUAAUACAGGAGACGCCGAUUGAUUUACGACAACAGCUGAAAGAUGUUGGCUGAUCGAGUACUACCAGGGCUACUAGCUGCUACCUCACUUGAGCUUCGCGCGUGUACUUUUCAGGGUAUUGCGAGUCGCUGUCUUUGAUGUAUAUCGAGAGAAAUUAAUACUCAUCGUAGGACUCCAGUAUCGUGCUGCUCUGUGUCGGUCUUAUCCAUAGUUCGGCG